UGCUGGGAUGCAAGUGACAGAACGCAGAAAGAGAUGCAAAGGGUGGCUCCCUACAGGAUGAGCAAAAGCAGAAGGAUGCACCUUCCCAGAAGAAUGCUGAUGUGAGAAGACCCUGCUUUUCUCAGACUCUGAGCCCCAAUCGGUCCUGAUGUGGCCAGUAGCCCUUCCUCAGAGGCGCCAGGAGAUCUCUCUUCCUGCACAAGGAUUUGGGCAGAUCCCUGAGGCUGGAUUCAGAAGAAGAAAUGACCAGUUUCUGUUUUGGCUGGGGAUUUGUAGAUGAACCGCACCAGCCCCCCUUUGAGUCCCUGUCACUGGAAGUCCUCUCUUGCUUGGAUGGUUCAGGAAGGCCAUCCUUCUCCCAGUCAGUCUCGGGUGGCUGAGACAGUCCGGCUCUUUCCUGCUGGGUGUUGGUGAGGUGCUGCUGUGCACCCCUCCUUUUGCAGGCACGUCAGGCACCUGCUGCUGCUCAAGGCAUGCCUCUGCUGCUGCUCCUGGCUUCCCUGUGUCUGUCUUCUGCUCCCGGAGUCCCUGCCAUCUACCAGAGACCAAGUGAAACUCAGCCAGCAACUCCUGCCCCCCUCCAGUACUUGCUGGAGCCCACAAAUAAGGUAGUGCAGGCCCGGCGGGGAGCCUCAGUCACCCUGCCUUGCAUCCUGUGGGUCGUGCCCCAAAACUACAAGAUCCGAUGGAGCAAGGUGGAGCCAACUGAGUACCUGGAAGUUGCCAUCUUGAUCAGCAACGGGGUCCAUCACAAAACCUAUGGCCCACUGGGCAGCCGGGCUCACCUGAAACGCAGCCACCGGUACGAUGCAUCGCUGACCAUCUCCAACCUACCUUUGGACGAUGAGGGCCGCUAUCGCUGCCAGCUUGUCAAUGGCCUGGAGGACGAAAGCGUCUCUCUUGUCUUGCAGUUAGAAGGUGUCGUUUUCCCCUACCAAACCAGCCGGGGGCGCUAUCAGUUCAACUACUUUGAAGCCAAGAAGGCUUGCCAAGAACAAGAUGCCCGGCUGGCCACCUACGAGCAGCUUUACCAAGCCUGGACAGAAGGGCUGGACUGGUGCAAUGCCGGCUGGGUCAUGGAGGGGAGUGUGCACUACCCCAUCCGCAACUCCCGCAAGCCCUGCGGGGGUCUUCUUCUUCGGCCCGGAGUCCGAACUUAUGGCCCCAAGGACAAACUGAAAGAUCGCUUUGAUGCCUUCUGCUUCACGUCAAGUGUGCAAGGUCGUGUCUAUUUCAUCAGGGGCCACUUCCACUUCAAAGAGGGCAUGCAAGCCUGCCGCAAUGAUGGAGCUACCCGUGCCAAGGUUGGGCAGCUCUAUGCGGCCUGGAGAUUCUCCCAGCUGGAUCGCUGCAACGGAGGAUGGCUGGAGGACGGCAGCGUGCGCUUCCCCAUCACUGCUCCCCGCCCGCACUGCGGGGGGCUCCCAGACCCUGGCGUCCGUAGCUUUGGCUUCCCCAGCAAGCUCCGGAAGAAAUAUGGCGUCUACUGCUUCUCUGUGAAGUAGGAGGGGCAAAAGCCCCAGGCAGAGGCAGCCAU